CUCAGUGUGCCGCCAUCCCUCCUCCACCGGAAACCCUGCUGUAUCGCAAACUUCGCUGUUAUGUUCCCGGAGGCAGUCGAUUUUCAACAGGACUUCAUCGGUGUGUUGAGUUGGGUCGACAUGGCCGCCUGAACCAGACUAAAUUCACCCAGUGCGUGGUUCUCAUUCUGUAAUUUAUAUACAAUCGAAAGUUUUUUUGCGGAUUAACUUCAAUAUUUGUUAGGGGGGAAAACAUCAAUGUAAAAAUUCUAACAUGCAGCCUCCGCCAAGAAAGGUCAAGGUUACCCAGGAGCUAAAGCAUACUCAUGCUGAGCAGAUGAGCAGACUACACAUCAAACACCAGACGGAGUGUGACCUACUAGAGGACCUGAAGACAUUCAGUCAGAAGAAAGCCGCUGUAGAGAGGGACUAUGCCCAGGCUCUACACAAGCUUGCCAAUCAGUACCUGAAGAGGGAAUGGCCGGAAAGCCUAUCAGAGGAGCCAACAGACCACGGGAACAUGUACACGUUGUGGAAGGCAUACCUGGAGGGCAUAGUGCAUGUGAGCCAAACCAGGAUCACGGCCUGUGAGAACUACAGGAACCAAGUGUCGGACCCUGCCAAGACUGCCAGGCUGCAGAAGGAGCAGCAGCUCAGGAAGUGUAUUGACCAGCUGAUGCUGGUGCAGGCAGAGCUGCAGGACUCGGUGAAGGAGCUGGCUAAGACCAGGAAGAAGUAUCAGGAGACAGAGACCAUGGCCCAGGCCGUCAGGGACAAGGCCGAGCAGGACGCCAAGUCCAAACUGAGUCUCUUCCAAUCCAGGUCCAGUCUGCAGAGGGCAAGUGUAAAGCUGAAAGCCAAGAGGAGUGAGUGUAACUCCAAAGCCACCCAUGCCAGGAACGACUAUCUCCUCACGCUAGCUGCGGCUAACGCUCACCAGCAGCGCUAUUACGACACUGACCUGAUCGACUGCAUUAAGGUCCUGGAUGGGAGCAUCUAUGAGCAGGUGAAGGACUACCUGGUCUCUCUAUGCCAGAUGGAGCUUGAGUCCUAUCAGGCUGUUCACAACACUUUCAACAUCCUCCUGGAGAACUCCAACAGGAUGAUGCAGGACUUUCACCAGCAGCAGUUUGUACAGCAGAACCAAGUGUUCCACAGUACCCCAGCCAUCCUCUUCCAGCCCAUCAACACUGACAUGGUUGGGCAGUUGCAGAAGGAGAGUGGCACAGUGGAGGAGCACAGUCUGGAUAAGGAGGCACGGAAGUGGGCGACCCGAGUGGCACGAGAACACAAGAGCAUCAUCCACAGUCAGAGGGCCCUGGAGGACUAUGGGACCCAACAGGGGCUUUCGGAGCAGAACCGCAGCGAGCUAGAGCUCAAGAUGGAGGAGGCCAGGGAGAACCUGCGGAGAGCAGAGACCGUGAAGCUGAAGGCAGAUGCUCGUCUGGCUCUACUGAGAGAGGCAGGCAUCACAGUGGAGACGUGGCUGAAGAGCGCCAUGAACCAGGUGAUGGAGGAGCUGGAGAAUGAGCGGUGGGCCAACCUAAAUGCCCAUGAUCUUUCACUCUCCGGUACAGGUGACCUAGAGAGGGAGGAGGAUGAAGAUAGUGGAGAGGUGUUGGACGACAGCAGCUCCAGCCCCUCCAGUACCCUCAGGAACUACCCCCUCACCUGCAAAGUUCUCUACUCAUACAAGGCGUCUCAGCCAGAUGAGCUGACCAUCGAGGAACAGGAGGUGCUGGAGGUUAUCGAUGAUGGGGACAUGGAGGACUGGGUCAAGGCCAGGAACCAGACAGGCCAGGUGGGCUAUGUCCCGGAGAAGUACCUGCAGCUGCCCUCGUCCAACAGCCUAAUGAGCAUGCUCCAGUCUCUGGCCGCCCUGGACGCUCGCUCCCACUCCUCCAGUAACUCUACCGAGCCCGAGCUGGCCGAGUCAGAGCUACACACGCUGGGCACACCUAUCGCCAACGGAGAUUCCAGUGGUGUGUGCUUCGCCAAGGCCCUGUACGACUACGCGGGCCAGACAGGUGAGGAGCUCUCGUUCCCUGAGGGUGCCAUCAUCCGUGUGCUGAGCCGCGAGACCUACGAGGAUGACGGUUUCUGGGAGGGCGAGUUCAAUGGCACCGUGGGUGUCUUCCCUGCUGUGCUUGUGGAGGACCUUCUGGCAGCGGGUAGUGCCGGUGGAGACAGCGAGAAUGGCGACGUCUUAGGAGAGGCCAGCAGCAAUCCGCAGGCAUCCCCCGCUCCUCUUUCCGAGUGCUCUCCACAGAGUCCCUUCCUUCUGGGCCCGUUCCAUAGCAGCCCCUGUAAGAGCAGCCCCCUCCUGACCCCCACUCUGCCCUCGCCCCAGUCUAGCCCCUCCAGUGCCAGCGCCUCCCCCAUACCCCGCCCCCCCUCCAUCAACGGCCACCAUAGGCCACCGCCCGCACCACUCAAAGGCCACUUGCAAAGUCCUGCCCAGAACUCCACCCAGCCCCCCAGGUACCCAACAGAUGGUGGUGCGGGGGGCACCAUUCGACCUGUCCGCGCUGCACCGCCGCCCCCCAAGCCGCAGCAGCCUCGUGGCCAGGUGAAGAAGAGGGAGGAAGUGGAGAUCACACUGGUGUAACACCGCCGCCGAGAUCAGACCUGGUGGAUCCAGGUCCCUGACCGACUGAC